ACUUCCGUUCCUAAUGGUCACUGAAGGACAGGCCGACGACGAUUAGUGGUUAACGUACCACCCGCUGAACCGUUAAGGGUAGCUACUUUCUAUAUAAGGAGCGAAAUUUUAGAAACUAAAGGUCAGUCAAGAGUCUGCCGAAAUCCGAAGAGGUUCUAAAGCCGGAAGAACGCAGUGGAAAUAAGUUACGCACAAUAGCGUAAUUCAAAUCGAAACCAGAUAAAUACAAAAAAAAUAAAAUAAAAAAUGAAUCGCAUCCUGGUGAUAUUGUCGAUGACUGUGGUCGCCGUUUUUGGCAACGCCAUAAUGCAGCCUGUGCAUGACAGUUCAUCGGCCUCGUCACAGCAGCAGACAGCUUCUUCGUCGGGCGCAUCUCCCGGCGUUCAUCAAACGCCGAGUUAUACCGGGGUGGCGAUUACGCCUCAGAACAGCUACUCUCCCUACUUCCCAACGUAUCCCGAGUACAACGAUCAGAGAUAUUCCGUGCAGACGGGGUACGAAGGAUACGUCGUAUCCCCCGAAGUUGCCGUCGAGGAACCCCAGGCAACCGGGUAUUCCGGAUUAUGGUCCGUAAUGUCGCCGAUAUCGAGAUUCGCCCUGACCUACGGUGCCCGUGCCGGUGGUUAUUUCUUAAAUUUGUUGCUGCUCUUACUCCUCGGAGGAAUCUUUACGACCUCUGUCUGCACCUUCACACCACUCUGCACGAUAACCUUAUUGGGUUUAGGAAAGGCUCAGGUCAGGGAACAAGUAUCCGAAUUGGCUCGUACCUAUAUGACUCCGGAGAGGAUUUCCGCUGCUACUGGACUGGUGAAAACGGCGAUUGACAAAUACGCCGCGAUGCAAACGCAGCCCAUUAAGGAGGAGACCAACGAAACUGACAAGAAAUCUUGAUCUAAAAUCGCUCAGUGCAUUUGUGAUCACCCAUCAUAUUUAUGUCAUUACAACUCAGUCAUAGGCCAUUGUAACUUUCUAUUCACAUGAAAAUAAAUUUCAUUUGUUAUUAAACUUA